GAGGCGGCGGCGGCGGCGGUUGAGCGGGCGAGGAGGAAGGAGGAAGAGCGGCGCGGGGCCGGUCGGAGGAGCGGCGGCCGCGCCUCUGUGCGUGUCGGCGGGCAGAAUGGAGCACUACCAGCCCGCCAGCCGCUACCAAGUGCUUCACAAUGAGGAUGACCCUCCAGAGUCUUCAGCAGCUGAGCAACCUUCCACUUCUACAGAGCCUCCACAGACUCCUCCGACAGCAGCUUUACCUGAAGCAGAUACUUCCCCUCCGCCUUACUGUAGCAUAGCAGUAGAAGCAGCUGCAACCUCAGAAACACAGAAUGAAUUUUAUCCUGUACCACCUCCAUACAGUGUAGCUACCUCUCUUCCUACUUAUGAUGAAGCAGAGAAGGCCAAAGCUGCAGCAAUGGCAGCUGCUGCAGCAGAAGUUGCCCAACGAGAAGAAGAGUAUCCACCACGGGAUGAUUUCAGUGAUGCAGAUCAGCUUAGAGUGGGCAAUGAUGGCAUCUUCAUGUUGGCAUUUUUCAUGGCAUUUAUUUUCAACUGGAUUGGAUUUUGUUUAUCCUUCUGUAUAACAAAUACCAUAGCUGGAAGGUAUGGGGCAAUCUGUGGAUUUGGUCUCUCACUGAUCAAAUGGAUUCUCAUUGUACGGUUCUCAGAUUACUUUACUGGAUAUUUCAAUGGACAGUACUGGCUUUGGUGGAUAUUUCUUGUACUUGGACUCCUCCUGUUCUUUCGAGGAUUUGUCAAUUAUCUUAAAGUCAGAAAUAUGUCUGAAAGUAUGGCAGCUGCUCACAGGACAAGAUUUUUUUUCUUGUACUAAAGACUGCAUCGAACAGACAUUCCUUUCCUAUACCAGUGUGAAAUUUCCAGAUGAUCUCUAACUCUCCAAAUUAAUAGAAUAGAAGACUACUAAAAGCAGAAGACAAAUUAGUGAAGAUACAGCUUCAGAAAUGAAUGACAGGAUGGUUUAUGGUCAAGUGCCAGUUCUGGUCAUUCGAGUAAAUAUUUAUAAUUACUGCCUUUUCUUUCAGCACAUUUGCAUAUGUGCUUUGAGGAUAGUAUUGAAGUAAGAACAAACUAUCUAUUAAUAUAGCUAAAGUAUAGUCAGACUUGGCUAAUCUAUGCUUGUUAUUUGAAAGAUUUAAGUGAUAAUUUCUUUUACCGCAUGUAUGUACCACUGACUUACUGAUCUGGAGUAAAAAUAGAAUACAUCAAAUGAUUCAGAUUAACCAAAUCAGACACAAAUUUUUAUCUAAUUUAGAUUCACCUGAUUGUGUAGAACUUUUAAGUUUACUGAAACCUGCCCUUGUUAUCACAAGCUUGUAUUCAUCAAUACUUCAUCAAAUUCAAACCAAUAUACUGGUUUGCUUAAAACUGAUAUAUCACUUUGAGUUCCCUGUAAAUAACUCUGCAUAAAUUACUGUUUAAAUUACUUCUUAGGAAAUGAGUCAAAGUAUAUUUUGUAACAGCGUAUUCUCUAAAUUAUGCUUAAUCUUCAUAUGAGCUACCUAUAUUUUUUGUUGUUGUUGAUAUGGCUAUUAAGGAUACAGUUACUGUUAGGUAGAAUUUUGGUUGUAAAGGCAUUGAAUUGUCUCAUCCUAAGUUUGCUCACAUGAAUUUCUGUUAACUGGUUUUGGCUGAGCCUGAAUGUCCUUAUUCAUAUGCAUAAUCCUGUUAAAAGAUAAUAUUUAUUCAUGUUAGCAGGGAAGGACAGCUGUAUAUCCUUAGUCCAUGAUUAUGCAGUUGGGUCCUUGUAGGUGCACCUUUGUUCCUAAAACAGGGUAUUGCACAUGCAUUCCCUGGUUUAUAAACACUAGCUUUAUUUAAAAGCCUUGAGUUCAGUACAAAUACAACAUCCCCUUUGAAGGUCUUCUCAAAAAAAAGUUCAUACAGGUAUCUGACAGUGUGUGUUUAGAGUAAAUACAUUGUCAUUUCAUAAGAAUAGAACAGUUUAAAUCCAAGGUAAUUUUGGAAAUAAUCUAUUCCACCUGCCUAUAAGGAAAAACUUCUUUACUGGAGAGUGACAGAGCACUGGAACAGGUUGCCCAGAGAGGUUGUGGAGUCUCUUUCUCUGGAGAUAUUCAAAGCCCGUCUGGCCAUGAUCCUGUCCAAGAUGCUAUAGGUGACCCUGCUUGAGCAGAGGGGGUUGGAUUAGAUGGUCUCCAGAGGUCCCUUCCAACCUCAACCAUUCUGUGAUUGUGUGUGAUUCUGUGAUGAAGGGGGGAAAAUCAUAUUUUUAAAAUGCAAAAUGGAAAAAUUAUGUUGCACUUCUCCCUGUACUCAUUCAAGUUUACCAUUACUUUCUUAAAAAUAUCAUCUCUGAAGGGGUACUCUUUUCUGUUCAUGCACAUUGAAUUUCCUUAAAUGUUUGUGAAAUUUAUGCUUCUCCCUGAGUAGGAGAAUACAUCUCUCAAUCCUUUGUACAACUGGAAUCUCAGUUGCAAAAUACGUUGGUUAUUGGUUGCACCUUUGUGGAAGAAAAAGAUGCAGAUACUUUCCUCCAUUUUUUUUUCUUUUCAUAUUAGAAUUCUGCUUUUUUUAUUGCUAACAUUAAAAAUGAGGUUUAUGUUGUCAUUAAGCUAGUGCUAUAUUCAAUUUUGUAUCUAUAAUGUUUAAAGUGCAUAUAUAAACUGGUCACAUUAUUCAUUUUCUUAAUCUUUUCAGAGAUAUUAAAAGCGAUUGUAGACUAACUUAAGGGACACCUCCACUUCUCAGCUUUUUUUAGGGAAUAAAAAUGUUUAGUACUAUGUUCAAUAUCUGAUUGGAAUUUCCCUCUAUACUUACCUGUUCUUUUUCUAUGUUCUUUUGCAUUCAUUGUCGUUAUAAAAAAGAAGCAAAUAAUAAAACAUUGCUUUGUUUUGCUAA